AUGGGCAUCGUUAGCAGCAAGCCCGAUGACGGGGCUACCCUCUAUCUUAGAGACCAGAAUCGACUAUCCAUAUCUUCUCUCGUCAUUUCCAACCCGCGAAGGCGCUCUGCCGUAAACAUCGUUCCCAAUGCAUUCCCCGCUACCAGAGUCUCGGCCUCUCGUCCGCUAGGCGACGGCAGUCCCAUAGAAUUCGUUCAGGACACCGAAGUCGUAACAAGUCCCGGCGGCGUCCCGAAUUUCAUACUGAAGCUCAACCAAGACGACGAGCUAGUCUUCACCUUCACCUUCGUUAUACGUCAAGGCCAGCAGUUUGUCACGAACGGCGGCGCUGACGCUGUAGCAACGACCGACACUCAAAUCAGCGGGCUGACCUAUGUCUAUGCCUCUACGCCCCGCGAAGUAGAGAACUUGGUGACCCGCGAGUUCCACGCAGACCCGAAUCUACACAAGAAUUCCAACGUUGAGUUGGUAGGCGACUUUGCGACUGGCGGCACUCCCUCUGUCUCUUUUGAAUGGACCUGGAAAUGGAAACCUCCAAAGAGCAUUGAAGACAGGGGUGGUGGAUGGAGGAAUUCCUGCAGCAUCCGUGUCGCCUCGUCCCAGUCUGUGGAUUCUCGGAUCAGUCAUGCCGAGUUAGACGAGCCCUUGUCACCGUUGCCGGGCAAUACAUCGUCGACCACCAUACUCCCUGUGCCACAAUCUGCAUCGGAGCCGAUCAAAGUCGAUGUCGCAUGCCCGAAACCCACCGACGAUGUUCUCGUACCAGACGAUGGACCCGUCUUCAGGGCAACGAUUAAAUCGUUGGAGCAAAAGACUGGUAACAUGCGGACGCAGAUGAAGCGCGUGCUCAAGAUGGCUAAACAAGCACACGAGGCACAGCAGGAGGCCAAUAAGAACUUUUCCGAGUUCAUCGAUACUCUUCGAGAAGCCUCUUCGACAAAUGCCAAUGCUGUCCAGCCAGCCAUCGAACACUACUUUGACAAGAUUGCCCGGGAAAUUCUCGCCUACGAGCGGACAAAUACCGUCAACCUCAAGAGGAUUGUGAUCGAUCCUUUGGACAAAUUCUACACAGUGGACAUCAAGCAAGCCGAGUCCAAGAAACGUGACUUUGAGGAGGAAAGCAAGGAUUACUAUGCUUACGUUUCAAGAUAUCUCGGACAGCGUCAUGAUUCUGUCAAGGCUAAGAAACUGGCAGAGAGUGAUUCAAAGUACCAGACCAAGCGUCGCAACUUCGAGCUCAAGCGUUUCGACUAUUCGAGUUUCAUGCAAGACUUGCAUGGCGGCCGGAAAGAACAAGAGGUUCUGUCCCACCUCACGCGAUACGCUGACGCUCAAACGAAGAGCUUCCUCGAGGCAGCGAAAAAAAUUGAUACCCUUCUACCCCAAUUGGAGGCACUUUCAAGCGAAGUACAAGAGGCCGACAAAGAAUAUCAGUACCAAAGGCGGGAGCGCGAAGAGAAGAGACGACUACUCGAGAAAAGCAAUCAUCCGUACAAUGAGCCUGAUCCCAUUCCAGUACCCGGUACAAGCAGUGGCCCGGUUGCGAGCUCAAAUGGGAAUGCAUAUGUUUCCGACAGUGAUCUAGGCCGUGCCGAUAGUACAGGAUCGCAGUUGAAGGUGGCAAUGUCUUCGGGUUCGAAUCCUUCCCUUUCAAUGGCUUCUCCUGAGCUAUCUCGGUCCCCAGGCAGUCUUGGCAAUUCUUCUGUUGGAAGUCCUGCUCAAGCCUCAAAGUUCAAAGGAAUCCGUGAUUUGGAGGAGAAAGACUAUGGACAAUCGUCAGGCGCCAGCAGCACACAGCGUAAAGAAGGACUGCUUUGGUCCCUUAGUAAGGGAGGAAGCAAUCAUGUUGACCCGCGCAAUCUGAACAAACAGGGCUGGCACAAGUUCUGGAUUGUGCUCGAUCAGGGCAAGCUCUCGGAGUAUAGCAACUGGAAACAGAGGCUUGAUCUGCACAAUGAUCCAAUCGACUUGAGAAUGGCAUCUGUACGAGAAGCACGGAAUGCCGAGCGUCGAUUCUGUUUCGAAGUCAUUACGCCCCAGUUCAAACGAGUCUACCAAGCGACAUCGGAAGAAGACAUGAACAGUUGGAUAACGUCUAUCAACAAUGCGUUGCAAAGUGCGGUCGAAGGCCGCAUCAUGAGAGACAAGUCGGCGCCGAGCGAUUCAGGAUAUAUCAAGAGAGACAUUGGCUCGAUCCUCACCGGCAAGAGCCCCUCUGUUGGCCACAAUAGCCACCACAGUCAUGCAAAUUCAAAUAGCGCACCCGUACGCCGAAUUACUGUGGGCGCUCGGCCCAGCACGCACCGAUCAACUAGCUCGAGUUUUGACGAGAAUCCCGACAAGCUGCUUCAAUUGCUUCGCGACAACGACCAAGGAAAUUGCUGGUGCGCUGAUUGCGGAUCGGGUACAAAAGUCGAAUGGGUUUCAAUCAAUUUGGCCAUCAUUCUUUGCAUUGAAUGUAGCGGCAUUCAUCGCUCCCUCGGCACGCACAUCAGCAAAGUGCGAUCUCUCACCUUGGACAUCAAUUCCUUCACCUCUGAUAUUGUCGAGCUAUUACUUCUUGUUGGAAAUAGAGUGUCCAACAUGAUUUGGGAAGCGAAGCUCGAGCCUGGCUACAAGCCGACACCACAGGCAACCCGAGAGAUGCGGUUGCGGUUCAUCACAGCAAAGUACGUGGAUAGGGCAUACGUCGAGCCGAUUUCAGCCACGCUUUCGCGUUAUCCAAACCCUGACGACACCUUACUGGCGGCCAUCAAGAAGAAUGAGAUCCAGCAGGUGAUUUACGCCCUGGCUCUGAGGGCAAGCCCCAACGUCACGGACAGGUCUCGAGGAACCCACGCAGUUUUCUUGGCGCUGGCGGCCGCCGAUCCUGCGUCACCUUCUCCCACUCCUGGACAGCCCCCGGAGACGGACAGAACGGUACCGUUCCCGGUGGCAGAGAUGCUGCUUCAAAACGGCGCAGAAAUUCCGUUGACGAUGCCGGCCUUCCCCCUAAGCCGGAGUGCGCAAUUGUAUAUUGAAGAAAAACGAGGACGCAGCACGGGAUUUACAAACGACAGCGUUGGGUCACUACCCGGCAACUUGAGUCCCAACGAGAAGCUGCAGCGGGAGAGAGAUGCCCGUUUACAGAAGAGAGUAAGCGCGGGAGGACGUCUGGCCAAGAGCCCGAUUCCGGAAAGGUAG